ACACAACGGGUAGUCGAGUGUAAUACUGUAACCAUAACCCGCACACAUAUUCGAAUGGACGCUGAGAGGGAAUAUCACCAGAGGAUCAACCAUUCCAUUGUUGCUGUUUGUUGGGCGUCUCUUCAUUAAAGUUACAUCGAAGAUAAAUAACGCGCGAUCGAUGGAUCCAUCAGUUGGUUAUCGCAAUACCAUCUCGUAUUCCACCUCAGCGUUGAUAUUCUCAGAUCCAUCCGAAAACAUGAUAAUGGAACCCACCUUUAACAAUGAAUUACAACGUCUAAGAAGCGACGUUGAAAGACUCUCCCUCGAGGCUCAGCGAAAGGAACGCGAAGUAACUCUGUUGACUGGUGUCAUAUGCCGGCUAGAAACAGAGCUAGCUCGGGGUUCCAACACGAUACCCGCACAAGCAACCAUCGGUGGUGCAAACCUGCGUGACUUACUCCAACUUUCACCGCCAGAUUUAUUGGCUCUGGAUGACGACAUUCGGUUGAUGAGGAGGAAGGUGUUGGAUAGAACCCCUACGGAUUAUGCUGAGGGCGUGCAGGAGUAUCUGACAAAGGCUAUGAGGGAGGCCAUGAUCAGAAGGGGAGUUGGGUAUGAUGACGGCGCGGACACCGAUUGGUUGAGUCCAUGGAUUAAUGUCUAUCAAAAGCCGGAAUUGGAGGAUGAUGUUAGGUUAUUGGGGUUGAGGGAUAGCAGGAGGGGCGUGCCGGGUAGGGUUGAGGGUGGGAGGUACGACAUAACGGUUGCUUGCGAUACGCUAAUCGGUUUAUCGCGAUGGAGAGGUAUUCAUUGAGGACCUUGUUUCCGUUACUUUCCGAGCGGUUGUUAGGCAGAUCAAACACUCGCUGACAGCGACAGUUGUUUCAAUGCUUCCUGCUAAAGACAAGGCUUUCUCCGUCAAUCGAUCUAUUCAAAUAUGCCGGAGAGAGCCUAAUAUAAUAGGUCUCCGAUAAAUCAUAUGCGUAGAGGCGCACCGGCAUUAGAAUCAAUUGGGGGCCUGCGAAUCAGUCAA